AUGCAGGCACACAUCUAUGAACAUCAACUACCAUGCCAGUUUCUAAGCACAAGCCCAAGGUCACCAGAUCUCGUUCGGGGUGUCUCCAGUGCAAGUCUAGAAAGUAUGUUUUCCUUUUUUCUUCCCCGUUUUUUUGCUUUCUCUGGAACUAUACUGACCCACGGUAGAAAGAAAUGUGAUCAGACCAAACCUAUAUGUGGCGGUUGCCUGGCACGAGAGUUGGAAUGUCGCUGGCCUGAAAACAAGGGUGGAUACUCUCGUAUUCGGUUUGUUUCGAACAUUGUUGCCGAACAAACGGAAACACCAAAAGAGAGCUUGGCUCUAACAAAGAUGCAAACUCUGCCUCAACUUCCCGACCAACACACAAACCUAUCUCCUCUACUCCGAGAGUAUUUCGAGCAAUUUAUUUCUGACCCAGACGAGUUUCAUCUCUCGCCGGAAUUUGCAGGCUUGGCCAGGUCUCCUACUCUUCCGUUGAGCUAUGCUCUCUCGGACGCUGAAAACAACCACUUUGAGUACUUUUGCACUUUGGUUGCCCCAAAGAUGGCCAUUGUGCCGAAAAAUAUAAACCCUUUUUUCCACACUUGCCUUCAGUUGGCAAUACGAGACCCAGCUGUGCUCCAGUGUUUAGUUGGGUGGGGAAGUAUCUUUCGAGACCGCCUAUCAAAAUCUUGGACUUUGGCUUCGGCUCCAUGCACACGGAAUUCCCCAUUUGUGCAAGAGCUGCUCGCCAUCCUAGCUACAAGGGAUGUUACAGAUCCGCAGAGCUUCAUAUCGUCUCUUUUUUGUUUCGCUAUUCUCAUGUGCAUAGAAAUAUCCAUAGGAGAUACAGAUGCGUGGUCAAGAUACCUUUCCCGAAGCUACGACCUUCUCAACCAGAUGGGUGGAUUCAAAGUGCUAGCUAACUAUUCAAUGGAAGGCAAGAUCUUGGCGCAGAACUUUGCAUACUUUGAUAUCUUGGCCUCACAGUCUAACGAGAAUGGAACUUUCUACCCCGUGGACCAAUAUUAUGAGCUUUUCCACAUGAGAGACACAGAAUCGCUUGAUCCAAUGCAGGGAUGCGUACGCCCAUUGGUUCUAAUUCUAGGAGAGGUUAUAAAUCUCAUCAAUACGUCGAAAUCUUUCAUUACGGCCGAUGUGACAGAGGCUAAUAUGCACGAGUUUAAUGAAGUGCUACAAAAGGCAGAAACAUUGGAAGAGAAAGUGAACAACGCUUCUGUUGACCCUUCAGAUUACCAGAUCCUUGCCAAACACGACAACAUCGAGAAUCAUUUCACCAUGUUUGCCUUGUACCAGAUGAUAAUUCGUCUAUACAUAAAGCAAUCGCUCAAACGACUUCCACCUAUCGUCCCAGAAAUCCAAGUACUUCUUCGACAGGCAUUGAAUUGUUUGGAAGAAUUGAUCGAAACACCGCUUUCCGUGUGUUUGAGUUUCCCCUUAUUAGUUGCUGGAAUCAGCUCUGUGGGCGAAUCUGACAGGGACUGGGUUUUGGAGAAAAUCGCCAUCAUCGUUGACAAGUACCAAUUCGAUAAUACGAAAAAGGUGGAAGUUGUUUUGCGGCAGGUGUGGAAAGAAAAUCGCAACGGUACCUGUUGUGUGGACUGGUUCCGCAUUACAAAGAGCUUUGGCUGGAGAUUCAAUGCGGGCAUUUAA